CGGCGGCGGCGGCGGCGCCUCCCUGUGACUCACGGCGGCGGGCGCGGCCAGAGCGCGGAGCGGGACGGCGGCAGAUUGGCCCCAGGAGGCUCCAGGAACCGAAGUCACUUGAGGAAGCACAGCCCGCAGAUCCAGAAGCAGCAUGUACUCACCCAUCCCCCAGAGCGGCUCUGCGUUCCCAGCCUCGGUGCAGGAACCCGGCCUGCACAUAUGGCGGGUGGAGAAGCUGAAGCCCGUGCCCGUGGCGCGCGAGAACCACGGCGUCUUCUUCUCGGGGGACUCCUACCUGGUGCUGCACAACGGGCCCGACGAGCUCUCCCACCUGCACCUGUGGAUCGGCCAGCAGUCAUCCCGCGACGAGCAGGGGGCCUGUGCCAUGCUGGCCGUGCACCUCAACACGCUGCUCGGGGAGCGGCCGGUGCAGCACCGCGAGGUGCAGGGCAACGAGUCUGACAUCUUCAUGGGCUACUUCCCGCGGGGCCUCAAGUACCAGGAAGGCGGCGUGGACUCCGCGUUUCACAAGACCGCCGCAGCGGCCGCCCCCCAGGCCGUCAGGAAACUCUACCAGGUGAAGGGGAAGAAGAACAUCCGGGCCACGGAGCGGGCGCUGAGCUGGGACAGUUUCAACACCGGCGACUGCUUCAUCCUGGACCUGGGCCAGGACAUCUUCACCUGGUGUGGUGGCAAGUCCAACAUCCUGGAACGCAACAAGGCGCGGGACCUGGCCACGGCCAUCCGGGACAGCGAGCGGCAGGGCAAGGCCCGGGUGGAGAUCGUGGCCGACGGCGAGGAGCCCCCAGAGAUGAUUCAGGUCCUGGGUCCCAAGCCCGUGCUGAAGGAAGGCAACCCCGAAGAAGACCUCACGGCUGACCAGACCAAUGCCCAGGCAGCGGCCCUGUACAAGGUGUCUGAUGCCACGGGGCAGAUGAACCUGACCAAGGUCGCUGACGCCAGCCCCUUUGCCUUUGCACUGCUGAUCCCUGAUGACUGCUUCGUGCUGGACAACGGGCUCUGUGGCAAGAUCUACAUCUGGAAAGGGCGCAAAGCUAACGAGAAGGAAAGGCAGGCGGCCCUUCAGGUCGCCGAGGGCUUCAUCUCCCGCAUGAAGUACGCCCCGAACACCCAGGUGGAGAUUCUUCCCCAGGGCCGAGAGAGCCCCAUCUUCAAGCAAUUCUUCAAGGACUGGAAAUGAGGGCCGGCGCCUGCCCCCUCUGCUUUCUGUUCUGGCUGCAGUCCCUCGGUGCCCCUGGGAGCCCAAUAAAGGAGAUGAGCGCCUUCCCUGCUCCCUGCUGCACUGACCGUCCCAGCCUCAGUCUCCCGCUGGCCCCGCGGCCCGUCCACGGGUGGAGCAGGCCCCAGACGGCCGGCGUUCCCUGUCUGAGGGGCUGGGGCAGAGGGGCCCGGAGUCUCUGGGCCCGGCAGGUGUGAACCCAGUGGGAGGUGGGCGCGUUCCCAGCAGGGAGCAGGUCGGCUUCUGGCUGGCCUCGGGGAUUCAUUUCCUUGCAAGCCAGAACCGGGCCUGGCCAGGCCACUGCUGUGGCGUGAAUAGGCCAUUUUGAGGCAACACUGGGGAGGUGGACACGCCCAGAGCAGGACCUCUUGUCGCUGCCAGGCAGCGCUGGCUGGCCAUGCUGGGGCCACCCUGCAUUGUGGGUUCGGUGGCAGUUAGGGUCUCGAGUCAUGGGUGCUGGUUCUCUGCUUCCUUUUGGACAGGGGGGAGGUUGUGUUGUGCUGGGGGGUUGUGUGCAUGUGUCACACUUCCUUCAUCCUCCUGAAGAAGGGAUGAUGGUUGAAAUCCCAAAGAGGCUACAAAGGCAGGCAGCCCCUAAGCCAUGCCACCAGGGGGGCCUAGCCCGGGGGUGCAGGCACUGGGUGAGGA